GUUUGCUUCUGAGGCAAAAGUGUUUUUGUUGUCAAGUUAGUUUACUUUUAGUUGUCUUUCUAGCCUUAAUCGGUUGCUGAAAGUCUUUAAGUCUCUUGGAGAUGGAAGGAAGCACCGAUUCCUUCAGUGGAAACGAGUGGGAAUUAAGCAAAGAGAACGUGCAACCACUAAAACAGGGCCGCAAGAUGGCGAACCUCACCGCCGCGCUCGCUCCAAGCUCUGUCGAUCAAACGAGGAUAUUUAGAGAGAAACAGUAAGUGUUUUAUAUUAUUUUACCACUUCGAAACGCUUGUCAAUCUUGCUGAUCCUCUUCUGUUUCUAUCUAAAGGGAAUUUGAGGCGCAGCUUAGAACAUACGAAGGGGAAGACCCUCUAGAAAUUUGGUACCGGUGAGUGUGCAAGCCAAAGAUCAUAUCUUUGAAUCAAUCUUGCAAAAAGAAAUUGCGACUACCUAUUUGCUAAGUAAAAGAGUAGGAUUUUAGAACCGAAGUUAACUGUGAUUUUCUUACAUUGUAUUAGUUACAUCAUUUGGACAAGUGAAAACUUUCCCAAGGGUGGAAAAGAUUUAGCGAAUCUGCUGGAGCGCUGCAUGACAACUUUCAAGGACCAGGAAAGAUACAAGAACGAUGAACGAUAUGCCAAAGUCUGGCUUCGUUACGUGAGUAUAUGUUUAUAUUUAUGCUGCCUUUUUACACUGAAAAGGUUCAGUGAUGCAAUAUUAAAAUUGGCAGGAUUUUAUACUUUUUGAUCCUCAGGAUCGGUUAAACUUCAGAAUACCUGGCCACUUGUGGCACCAGAAAAGUGCUGUCCCUCGUCCUGUCUGAUUAGCGCGGGCAGCAAGUGAAGCUGCACAGGAGAAAGGAGGAGGGGGGCAGAUUUAAAAAAAAGCUAGUAAAAAGAGGGGCUUAAGUGGUACAGUUGAACCUCGAUUAAACGGCCGCCCUAUAUUAAGUGGACAGUAAUCAAAGUCUCAAAAUACUGUAAAAUUCCGAAAAUAAGCCCCAGGGCUUAUAUUUUUCAAAGGCCCUUUUUGAGGGGCUUAUUUUUGGAGGGGCUUAUAUACGGGGGGAAAUUUGCGUUUCAAAAUCGAUUGUGCUAGCCUUAUUGUUGGAAGUAAAUUUACCAUUUUUGCUUUGUUUUACUUUGUAUUUGAGAGCAAUUUUCCAAGUACAAGCCCCGGGGCGCUUAUAUUUGGAGGGGCGAUUUAACGGAGGGUUUUUUGCAUUACGAGUUUGGGGGGCAUUUUGGAGGGGCUCAUUUUCGGAAUUUUGCAGUAAUUAUGGAAAAGAAUGGUUAAUUAAACCUCUGUUAAGCAACCAUCCCAACAAGAGGUUCUCCUCUUGUUCUCAACUCUACUGAGCAGCCAUCAAGCACUUGAUACACUUAGCUUGGCUUCAUUUUAAGAAUAUGAUGAAGAAAAUACAGUCCGAGGUAGGUGACGACAAAUUGUGGACCGGUAUUGCUUCCCCCAUCACAUGUUUGAUUCACAAUAAAGUGAUGUUUGUACUAAAGAUUAUACUAAUGCUAAUUUAUGACAAACCUCUAUUGAGUGGCCAACCUCCAUUAGCGGCUAACGGAGGCUAGUCUCUCUCCCACGUCUCGUUCCUUCUUGUGCCCAUGUAUUCCUAAUGCCUGCUAUGCAGGCUAUUAAGCGGCCACUUGCCAGUACCCCAAAGGUUGCUGUUUAAUAGAAGUUCAAUUAAUGUAGUUUUCUUGCAACUGAGAUGGGGCAUGACAUUAACCCCCUACCAGGGGCAAGAGGGGCAAUCCGUACUGGAAUUCUUAUUGGCCUGUUAGGGAAUGUAUCCGUCCCUUUUGAGACAGGGAGGGGGAAGGAAAGAUUUUACCAAGUGUACAUGUACAUCUAGAUACAUGGCAAAUGUUGGAGAAUUAAAUCUUGCAUGUAAACAUUAAGAUGAUGUCUUCAAUGUACAGAAUUGCCCAGCUGUAUUAUUAAUAAUAGAAAUGAUUUUACAAUAAAUAUUUUCACAAUAAUAGAAAUGAUUUUAACUUUCUGUAGAGUGAUAUGUCUACAAAUCCUAUGGACAUUUUCAACUAUAUGCACAGUCAGCAAGUUUGCAGUGGACUAGCUCUUUUCUACGAGUCUUGGGCUCAGCUUUUAGAGAGUUUCGGGGAUCACAAGAAGGCAGAUGAAGUCUAUAACCUAGGGAUCCAUAGAAAUGCUCAACCGGUGGAGAGACUAAUCAAACAACACAGGUAGGAAGAUCGUUUUGCUUUGUUUGGGAUCCCUGUUCACUGUUGAGAUAUUCAUUUAGGAAUCAAUGCUGUGCUCUCAGAAAAACUAAAGGGAACCCAGUGCUCUGAACUUGUGAAAUCCAAGGUACCCAGCAUAUAAUUUCUAUGAAAAAAACUAAGAUGUUCUAGUCGCCCAGAAGCAAAAGUUAGGUGCCACAGGCCAGCCAGGUGCUGCUAGAGCACAGGUCUGAUGGACAUUCCUUUGUAAUUUGAUUAAGGGCAUUUGAGAUGCGCCUGACUGAAAGAGUUGCCAAUGGAUUGCAAGAGGUGAAGCUGCAGGAAAAUUCUGAACCGGAGCGAACCACAUUAGGUGGUCUGAAGAGGCAAGGCAAGAAAGGGACAGUGGGAACCAAACGAACUGGAAACGCAACUCUCUGUAAGUACAGUGUAAUCCCCCCCCCUACCCACCCCACCCAACUCUAAUACUGAUGGAAAUCUGAUGAGAUGAUUUGUCAAAUGAUUCCAACUUUUAAAACUCUGGCCCCAGUUGUUAAAAAGAUAGCACUAUACACUGGAUAAAUGACAUCCACUGCUCAUCCGUUGGAUACUGAUAUGUCUGAUCAAUAGCGCUAGUAAACAAUUGAACAAGUCAACUGCGGCCUGGUUAAGAUCUUAUGGUGUUACAGUAACCAAAACAAUGAUUUUGUUUCUUGAUUCAAUAAUCAAUUCAUAAAAUGAACAAUCCAAUAUUCAUAUUCAGCUUAGUUGUGGUGGUAAGUUACUAAUAAUAUUAUUGAAUGAUAUCUUGCUCUUUCAGCCAGUAAAGGUGGCAUAAGUGUUGCUGCAUUCCAGACUGGUAACACAUCAAGUGGUGGUUUUAAAAUUUUUUGUGAUGAUUACCCUGAUGCUGCUAGUUCUCUACCCCCGUCUACUGGAGAGUGGCAAAUGCCCCCCACAGAACCAGUGAUAAAGAAGGAAAACACACAAAAACCUGGAAAAUGGACUGAUGCAAAGGUACAGUAAUUUGUAUCUAAGAAGGCUAAUAUUGGCUUAUAAAAGUGUAACAGGCUCUGCAGCUAGCCAUGAAUUCACAAAACUGCCAUGCUGGAGAGCAAAAGUUGCACUGGGACAAGACAAACAAAAGGCAUACCCCCUCCCUCCCCCCUCCUAUUCCACCCACCUCUUAGCUGAAGUUAUAGUAUUUUGCAGAGGUUAACUGGUCUGUUUCUGCACAGCUGUUCUUCGUGUCAUCACGUGACAGCUAAAAAAUCACGGCUGUGGAGCAGACUAGUUUACUGCACAACAACUACAUUGUAAGGAAAAAACAAUGUCAGUGAUGAUUUUGCUUACCUUUAUCUAGGUCUCUCAGAGAAAUCAGAUUUCAGUUCCCCUCAAUGGUACAUGUAUGCCUCAGAAGCCUACCUUUUCAGUCCAUGUAGAUGAUGACGUUGUUAACCACCCCACUCCAGCUCCAAAGCAAGUCUUGCAGUUUGACAAAGUACUGAGUGCAAAAAAGCCUGAUAAGCACUCUGUCAUGGAAGCCCUUAGAAAUAAGGUACUGUGAGGAAUCAUGUACAUUUUUGCUGCAUGUUUACUUUGGAUAAAGCAAGCCAUAAAUUGACGCAGUUUUAAUUUAAUAUCCGACCAUUUUUGCUAUGCUAUGCAGGGUGUGUCAUUAGGCAUUGGAGAUCCAAGAAUUCUCUUUUUACUACACAGAAUUCUCCCAUUAGGUAUCAAAGAUCUGAGAAAUCUCCAUUUACCAUGCAGAUUUCUCCGGCUAAUGUUCAAUAGCCUAUGACUAUCUUUUAUGCAGACUUGGAGCCUCUUUCAAAAAUAAUGUUCUCCUGUAACGUUACACUUUUUUCCUGCUACUAGAAUUCUUUAUGAAAACCCUGGCUACAUGACUGGUCUUUUUUAACCUGAAACAUGGCUUAUUAAGAAAUCAAUCAAGUUUGUUUCUUUUAUGUGGAGAGGGAAAAUUUCAGCACAUACAAGACUUAAAUCCUUCAGAGGACCCUCUUGUAUUUAAGCUUGGGUACACAGCUUUGUUAACUACUCAGAAUCUAUGCACCUAGAAUCAUUGUUCAUUUUUUCCGUACCACGCUUACCAAGUUGGUUAUGACCUCGGUGUACUCACACUGUUUACUUCAGGCCAACUAGUCUUUUUUCAGUAAAACUUGGGUUGCCUGUAGCUAUUCCUUGGAUGUAUCAUUUCCACUAUUUUGUCUCCUUACUUACAGACAGAAAAUGCUGAAAUCCAGACGACCAGAGUCAUGUACUGCAAAGACAAAAUUUAUGCAGGAACAGAGGAAUUCUCCUUCGAGGAAAUCCGUGCAGCUAGGAUCUUUUCAAAAAUAAGGGAGGGAACAUAUAAACCAGCAGACGUAAAGCAAGAGCAACAACAAAAUGUAAGAUACAUGUACCCUAAGAGAGAGGUCUACUCAUUUGAGGGUGAGUUUCAAUAUGAGGAAAUUCUCGCAAGAAGGUAUUUGGCUCGGCGAAAGAAAUAUUUGAUAGAAGUUAACCAAUCAGACUCUAAAAAAUCGACUUGUGCUUCAAGCUUUGUUGAGAGCUCCAGAGGUUUGCCCAGCAAUGAAGAUCCCUGCCCCAUGGACAUAGGAAGCUGUCAAAAGGGCGUGGUCAAGGCCACACAGGGACCAAGCUAUGAGGAAAACAAUCAUUUCACAUUGGCAAGUCAAAGCAGGUGAUUUUAUUCAAGCAUUUUAUACACUACUGCCCCAUAUGUAGGAUAAGUCUGCAAUUUAUGUAGCCACCUCUUAUCGCUUCCUCCCACUUGUAGGCAGAGCUGUCAUUAAGGGCCGUAACCCGUAACACCUGUUACAGCUGAGCUCACUUGAUGUUACGGGCGAUCAAAGUGGAAAGCUAAUGGUGGCACUAUAAAUUCUUGAGAGAUGUUACGGGUGAAUCUUCAUUUGCUACGGCUGUUUCAAAACUUAAUGACAGCCCUGGUAGGGUAACAUUUUGAGACAGAGACUUGGUUUUGGCUUAAAAACUUCAACAGCAACAUCAACAAAAAUCUUUAUUUUCCUUGGAAAUAAGUCUUUCUUGCUACAUCAUUAAGUGGGAUUUCUCUUAACCUUUGUGUCCUUUUUACUUUUGCCAUUCAUUUGUAAACAAAUGCUGGGAGAGUAAGCAAGCAAGAACCUCACCAGAUUCUCGGCAGAAUUACGUCAUCAGCAUCGAAUUUUUGGGUGCAAAAUGCAGACUCUUGUGAUACGUCCCAGUGGUGGCAGAUUUUUUUGUGGGCUUUUCAAACACAAUGAUUUUAGAAGGAGAAAUUAAGGAUGCAAAAAUGAGCAGUUUUUCAUCAGAUUUCCAAACACUCAUUGAACAUUAAUUUCCUUUGUAUUUUCUUUAAGAAUUAUUAAUGAGUUUGAGAAAGUGUUAUCAGAUAAAAAUUAAACUUAUCUGAAUUCAUGCAAGCCAAAUAGAUUUUGAGGGCAAAAGAAAGGUUUGAAAAUUUACCGGUAUAAAUGUAGCUACCUCAAGUCUUGAAAAGGAGAAAAUGGGGUUCAGUCAAGAAAAGAGUCACAAAAUUUAAUAAUCUCAGAAACUGAAGGGAGGGAAAUGUUUGCCUUUGGAGAGUUCACCACUCUUGAGAGCACAUUUAUAAAGAAGACUAUUGUAUUUUAUAGAAAGUGUAUUUUUUCUUCGAUGUGAUGUUUGUGAAUGAUUUUACGUUUACAGUGGGGAGCCAGUAGCCAGGCGGGGUUUGGCUUUUGCAGAUCACUACAGCACUCCGCCUGUACAAAAUUCAGGUGCAUUGGAUGAGAGAUCACAGUUUGACGCUCCAUCUGUACCAUCAAAUGUUCCUCAGUUUGGAUAUGGUAAAUCUGCUUUUCGACCUGUAGGCUAUGGAGUACAGAACAGAUCCAGCGAGUUGAUGCCCCAAGUUACACCAGUAAGUAGACCACCAAACAUUUCAAACCACCACGAUCAGGAAAACAGACUUCAAAACCCUUCAAGUGACUCUAAAGUGGGUGCAGCUUCUGUUCCUGAGACCUCUUCGGUAAAUGGCAUGCCUUUUCCACAUGAGUCAAUCACAGGCAACAAAUUCAACGUUUUCUCUCGAACCCCGGACGCCAAUAAAUCAGGUGAUUUAAACAGCUCAAAUCUUACUGGCCCAUCGCCGACUGUAUUUACCAAGCAGGCGCUGAUGGUAGUUCGUGACAUGUUUGCUGGGCCCCUAGAGUCGGAACGUGAUUUUACUCAACUGGAUCAGACAGAUAGAGACUUUGAAGCGGCAUUCAGUAAUGAUCAUACUACACGUACUUCUUUCGCUGCAGAGUUAGGAGGAUUAGGUAGGUACAAGUUACCAUUCUCCUAAGUGAAUUAUUAUUAUUAUUAUUAUUAUUAUUAUUAUUAUUAUUAUUAUUAUUAUUAUUAAUUUUUUUAAUAGAACGAUGGGUUUUUUAGAUUUUUACAUGAAGAGUGACUCAUUUGAUUCCAAGCUUUCCCACUCUCUUGCUGCUUGAACCUGUAAUGGGCCAUAUUUUUGGCCUCAUUUUAUCUUUUACAGAGCUAGCCUGUACACAGACGUUUUAUUUUUCUUUUCGUUUCUUUUUUCUGGCGGUCAAUAAAUCCCCCGCGGUUUUUAUUUUUUAUCACGCGUACUCGACGGACUUUGAAAAGAAAAUAGAGGGUCAGUGAACAGGCUAUCAAGGGGCUUUUGGCUUUAAUCGCGGGUAGGGCAUAGUUUUAUAGAGGAAAAAAAGCCAACGUAGAGUAAGAUACCAUGACAGCCAGGGUAGCUAAACCGUCGUUUGCAAUGAAGUGUAUUUGGGGUCUUUCAAAUGUCAUCGUGAUUAUAUUCCAACUCGCUAAAUUUGUCAAGUAUAUAGACAGACUCUGCUGAAAUUGAGUAACCAAAGACCGUAUCCAAGUUUAAAAGAGGAACAAAGUCGAAAAGAUUUUUUUUUUUUAUUGAAACAAUUUUAUGACUUGUGAAACACUGCUAGAAUACUCAACGGUCAAGUUUUUUUUUCUUUUCUUUUUUUUUCCCAAAAAAUUUGAGGUUUACUCGCCGGGGUUUUACUGUAUGGUUUUCACUACAUUUGAUUUUCUGAACCGUUUAUGUUAAUGUACUGUAGGUGGAUUUGGAGGCGCUGGUGGAUUCGUUAUUUAUGAUGAAACAGCUACCAACAACGAAAACAAAGCAAACAAAGAAAAUGACGCAGAAGAUAAAGAAAAUAUGUAAGUUUCUUCGUACCUUUUGAAACAUUAAUUAUUCCACCCUUUAAUAACGUCUAUGCCAGGAGAAUUCCUUUAAGAAAGAAAGAAGAAAGGAAUGAAUGACUGAUAUUUUAGUAGUAAAACUUUCACUUAAUAGCCCCUCGUCCACCAUUCCUGCUGGAAUUGGAAAUGGAAAUUGGUGGUUUUCGAGGAGAGGGGAAAACCGGAGAACAGGGAGAAAAAUCUCUCGGAGCAAAGGAGAGAAUUAACAACAAAUUUCUACCUUCCGCGUUCGAGCCCUGGUCACAUACUAGGUGAUUUAGGUACAUUUCUGCGUUUUUUUGUAAAAGAGCAUCUUCACAUGAUACGGUUUUUUGGCGGAUUGUGCAGGUGUCACAUCAAGUUUUCUUUGUCCGUUUAAGUUGUAAACACAUCACAAACUUAUUAAAGAAAACGUAAUCGUAUUCGUAUACCGUAUUUAUUCGAUUAACCGCCCUGGGCGCUUAUUAAAUUUUUGGACCUUGAGAGAGGGCGCUUAUUCGAGGCCGGGCGCUUAUUAAAUUUUCACCAUUUUCAGCAAGUGAAGUAUGUUUAUUUUGCAACAAAACAAUAAAUGCUAAUAACAAAACGCGAAGAAGUAACAAAGCAAGGUUUCUGUAAAAUACUCUGAAGAAAACUCCGUCCUCGGGGAAGUCUCUCAUUAGAAUUUAUUCACUCAAGUGGGUGGGGUGGGGGUGAGCGCUUAUUUGAGUUUGAUUGGGAGGAGGAGGGGGUGGGCGCUUAUUCGAGGCUGGGCGCUUAUUAACUUUUUCUGCCUUUAGGAUGGGCGCUUAUUCGAAUAAAUACGGUAAUCCUAAAGGAGUAUUUUGGAAAUCUCAUGAAAUGCAAAUUUCUGUUUUUUUGGACAUGUGUAGGCCUCCAACGGGCAGUCAGCAAGAGGCAAUGCGCCGUCCAUUGGCUGGGAUACUUCAACCAUCUGUAGGCAUUCCCACAUGCCCAUUAGAAACCAGUGAAGAUGAAGACGAUGAAAUGAUUGGUCACAAUGAAGAAAAUGACGCAGACCUGCUUCCUAAAAGCUGUCAGCCAUCCUACCAUCGCGAUAAAACUAGCGAGGUGUCGCUUGCAGACUUCACUCACGAUCAAACCGCUUUCACCACAGGAAGCUUCGCUGCCGCCGCCCGAAUGGCCUCGACUCCAUUCUGCUCUGGCAUUGGCCCAUCCUCGCUACCCAACAUUCCGUGGAGCACAAUCCGUCCAACCAAUGAAAAUUCAGAGAUGAAGGACUUAACUUCUGAGGAGGCGGAAUAUUCAUCCGCUUGUGCAAACGCUGCGAGCUUUGCCUCAACGCCCAGUAAAGCCCUUAGCCCUAUAUUUGAGGGAAGCAACGAAGACUCCAACUCGACCAACUCUAGCCACUUGUCAAACGGGUCUUCAAGGCGAGGCUCGUGUUCAACUGUGUCCCAGCAUAAUGGACUGGAACUGAGUAAAAUCCAAGAAGAGACAAGUUUGUGCCAGGCUGAGACUUUACCACAGGAAACCAGUGUUGGUUCGGCUGUGGUCAAUCCCUUCGCGGGCGAUGUUGUCGAUGCAUUUCUUAGCAGGAUUAACCCUCCUUUGUUAGCUUAUGAAGGAUUUACUGUUUGCAGCCGGGAGAUGCCAAAAAUUGCAACUAAUGUUUCAGUGUGUUUUGGUAGGUUAGGAAUCGUUUUAUUAAUAUCAGAGCCCCCAUUUUUGUUGUGCCAGUCGAACUAGUCUGUGAACAGACCCUUUAUUUUCUCUUUAGAGAUCGUCGAGCGCGCAUAUGUAUUAGGGGUUUUCACAUGACGUCACCAAAACUAAGAACUAUCGAGUCUUCUGAGUUUCUACUUUCAUGAAGUUUUACAGCACCUAAAAACCUUUAUUUAUACAAAUUUUUCGAAGUUUCAAAGGGUUCUUUGUUUUGCGAUAGAAGACGCUUGAAUUUCCAGGCUUUUGCUUGACGCGGCAUUUGGCGGAAAAUUCGUGUUAAAACAGUGAACUAAUUUCCGUGAAAAGUGAGGAUCCAAAUAUCCUCAUUUUCAUUUUUUUAACUGCAAUAUCUUAGUUUCAAAAACAAAAUUAUCAGUAACAAUCACAUGAUCGUUUUUGACAAAUUACAAGGUUAAGACCCCCUAGUGUCCUAUACACGAGUCCGGAAAUAUAUUUUUCUACUGUCCAAAAAGCGCCUAUCGAAAACCCUUGCUUAGUAAACACCGGGCCGAAUUGAGUAACGACUGACUCUAAUAACUACUGGAUUCACCAAACAACGCCGGGAUCUUUGAUUACGAAAAUACUGUAACAGUGAUUUUGUUUUGUUUCAUGUUGUAUAUUUUAGGAAAUGAUGAUAUUUACCACGUAGAGAAUCUAAUUGGGUCAGGAGCUUUUGCCAAAGUGUACUUGGCAAGCAAACGACCUGAUGACGAGACUGACGAUGAGAAGGUUGUAUUGAAGGUAAAUGUUAUUUACUUUUAACUAACCGAUAAAUUAUGUUUUCUCUGGUGUAGUAGCUCCCCGGCUAACCUAGUCUACGAUCUUAACUACAGGUUCAGAAGAUUUCCAUCGAAUGGGAGUUCUACAUCAGCAGGCAACUUCAUAACAGAAUGCAAGUUCUUGGCUGUUCAAAGGAUCUGGUAAGGAUAAUUCGCGAAAAAAAUGCGUUUAAGCUCCCUAGUUGUGUAUUUUAAACACUUCGGUGUUUCACUUCCCAAGGAAAACAGUUGUUAGUGUUGUUAACAAUUUCAAUUGUUUGUCUUUUAUCUAUCUGUUUAGCAUGAAAUGUUUAUGAAUCCGCUGGCAGCGUAUGUCUACUCCAAAUCGUCCGUGUUGCUGGAUAGAUACAAGCCGCUUGGAACGAUUCUCGUGAGUACAGUAACAUUGCUUCGGUACACUGCACUACCAGUUUAUUUUUUCGCGCCCUUUUUUAUCCAGUCAGGUUCCAUUGUGACACUCUCACGCGUUUAAUUUCCCGCGCUUACCGUCGGCUGCAUACUUUGUUGCAUGUUCUGAUUGGCUCAUGGGUUGUCUGCGCUCAUUCUUGAUUGGUCUAAGGCAGAAGCAUCUAAGCUUUAUUACUUUGCUUUUGUCCUUGUAACAUUCAAUCCAACCAGGUGCAAUGGUGACUUUCUCACACGUUUUAAUAUCGCGCUCUUCCCCACGGCUAUAGAAUUUUUUUGCAAUUUCUGAUUGGCUCAUGGAUUGUUCGCACUCAUUUUGAUUGGUCAAAGUAAUUUUUUGCUUUUGUUCUUGGGGUAUGCAAUCCAAUCAGGUGCAAUGGUGACUUUUGCACACUUUUUCCUGCGCUUCCCGUCGGCUACAUACUUUGUUACGGAUUGUUUUUUGUUUGUUGUCUUUUUUGUGCUCAUUGUGAUUGGUCAAAGUAAACUACUUUGCUUUUGUUCCUGCGACAUUCAAUUGAAAACCGUUCUAAGACACAGCACAUACACUCACGUUCUUGAAUCUUUACUUAAUAUAAAUGAACCUUAUAAGAAAAGCCUGUUUUACAAUGUUGUUAUUGGCACCGAAAGGAAAGUGAUUUACACCUUCCACUAAAACUUAAAAUUAGGAGAGAUCAAACAUGCUUAGACGUUGUUGAAUGCUAUUUUCAAACUAAAAGAGAUAUUUCGUAUAAUUGCGAACCAUUUGGGUUAAGUAACCCCGCGACCACACUUCCCAUUUAUUACACAUUCAUAUGUUGUUAUAUUACUCCGUGUUCAAUACAGCAUCAUGCAAAAAUCUUGUGGACAGAGUUUUCUUUUGUGUCCUUGAACAAACUUCUUACUAAUUCCACUAUUCUUGCCUCAUAAAAAGUUAAUUUAAUGAACGUCUUUUCCCCAGGACAUGGUGAACAAAUACAAACUCAAUAAGAAGAGCAUAGAAGAAGGUGUAAUGUUUUUUUACACAAUCGCACUGUUGCGCAUCCUUGAAGUGUCACACUCGUGCCAGAUCAUCCAUGGCGAUGUUAAACCAGACAACUUCCUUGUAUUGGACACGUAAGUAGAGUGAAGAGUUCGUUGACAAGGGCAGAGACUUCAUCUUUACCUCUAGUCUAUUUUGAAACGUAAGACUGGCGCCGUUGUGUGUCUAGAUUACGAGUAAUCAGUCCCUCGUUUUCCUAAGGGAUAGUAUUGGGAGUGAAUAACGCGUGCGUGCUUGAAAAUUGCCACCCGCAAGGAAGGUGUCAUGCGUUUCUCCUUUUCCUCGCGCGUAGCAAUUUUCAAGCGCGCUUGUGUAUUUUACUCGGGAAAAAUGAGGGUCUACUCGUAGUCAAUUAUGAGUUCUCUUGCUCCUACCAUUGUGGCCCUGGUUGCCAGUAUUUCGAAGGUUACGCAAUAUAUGGUUUUAGUCAAGAGAUCUCUUGGUUUCAGUUUCACUCGCUGAUUGAUCUCUUUCCAGUUAUUCGCGUUUUCCUCUCAAAACCCCAACCUUCCCAGAUGUCUGAUUUCAUUCAAGUAUACACUAAGAACAGUCUCUCGUUUUUCUUGGUCUGUCGAGUGAAACGCGCGAGACACGAAAUGACCACACGCGUGACGGAAGAAGCGCUUUUUUCUUCUCGGGCUGCCGACCUCAUUUGGCGCGUCUCAUCGCUUCGACGCUCGCGCGUGCGUUCACUCCCUUCACUAAUCCGAAGAAAAAGAGAGACUGCCUGCCGUCUAUUUUUAUUAGGGCUCUUUUCUUUGAACUCCUGUAAGGUGGCUUUUUUUCUUGUAGCGAUGUAGACACACCCGAUUGCGCCGCACUGAAGCUUAUUGAUUUUGGACGCAGUAUUGACAUGAAGUUGUUCCCAGCUGGAACAACCUUCUCCGCUAACUGCUACACAGAAGACUUUCAGUGUAUCGAGAUGAAAGAAGGAAGAGCUUGGACCACGCAGGUACCGUUAACCUCCGCAACUUGAUCUGCUACAGCGUAACCCCGCACUACGGACACCCGUAUAUCGGACAGUUUCGUUUGUCCCGUCGAAAAGUUCAAUUUUUUCUCUAAAAUUAACCCGCUUAAUACGGACACCGGUUAAUACGGACAACGGACACUCUUCUGUGUCCCAAACUCUCGUAUAUCCCCAAUCCCGUGUUACGGACGCUGUGUAUCUGCGCACUCAGGUCUAGUUUUGUUGUGUGCCAAUUGUUACUAUUGUAAACUGUUCAAAUAAUGAAAAUUUCUACGGUUUAAUACCCUCCCCCUCCCCCAAAAAAAACAGUAGCGAGAGAGCGUAACGUGUUUGAUUUUGGUCAGUCCGUCUUUCUUCCGCUGUUUGACUCUUAUGCUGUAAUUCUUUGAUAACGUUUUCUGCCUCCCGUUACACAAGUUUCAAUUCCUCCGCUUUUUUGCUUUUUGUAUCUUUAUAUAGAUAAAAAAAGGAAUCUAUGAAGUUUUUGUCUUAAGAGUACCCUUAAUAUGGGCACCCGGAUAAUACAGACACUACAAAAUGUGUGUUAGUGUCCAUAAUAGAGAGCUUUAGAUUCUCAGACGAGGACGACUAUGAGUACGAGAUUUCCUCAGUACUAAGUUACCUACGCCGCCAACGUCAUUUUGGCGGGAAACGUGGUAGCCGUCGUCAUUCUACCACGAGUUUUAGCGAGAAUGUCGUAGUUGCGGGAACAAGUUAUCAAAUUUUAGAAGUUUAAUCAUGUUGUAACCGUAAAGGGCAAAGCCUCCUCCAAUAAAAAUAACCGCACUAAUUUUUCAGGUGAAAAGUAGUACAUUGAACCAUUCCGGGUUGAAUAUUUUUCGAUAAUACGCGAAAAAACUUUGAGUUAAAACUCGUUCUAAUAGUCGUCCUCUUCGUCAAAUCUAAAGCUCUUUAUUAACCGGGUUCCACUGUACAACUUACUUGACGUUGUCUGUUAAGCUACAUUCGGAUGUUGUUUUUGUCUCCUUGUUGUACAGGUUGAUAUGUACGGUAUCCUGGGCACAGUACAUUGUCUUUUGUUUCAAGAUUACAUGAAAGUUAACAAAGACGAUAAAGGUAGAUGGAAAAUCACAAAAUGUUUUCGAAGGUACGUUCUGGUUUUGUUCACCUGUCUAUCUCUUUUAAGGCUGGGGAAUUGACUUAACACUCGGCACUCUGGUUGUUGCAUUUGAACUUUUCCAACUUGCCUUCCUGGGAAAGGACAGUCAUACUUCACUGUUAAUCAAAAAAAUCUGUUUUAGACCCCCCAAAAUGGUGGCAUUCCGUUGAGUAAAAUGCGGGACUGUUUAGGGGAAUACAGUCAACUCUCGGUAAGGCCCUGUUUACAAGAAAGGAGGGUAACCCUAGUGUUAGGGUUACCCUAGUACUCGCAUAUUUCUGUUUUUACACGACGUAUUUACAGGAUAACUCGCCAGUAAUCUUGACAAUUUGAACGAAAUUAUCCAAUUUCUGAGCUAAAUUAUAAACAUCUGAACAAUAUAAGGUAUUUUCUGUAUACGAUGAUAAUAUUUUUCCUUUUUUUUUCGUGAAUUCAACGUGUUUUCCAUAGAGCACUUCAAGUUUUAUUUAAAAUCUUGAACGUUACAAAAAAUGUCACGCAUGACGAAACACGUCAGUAAAACUGCUAAAGUUGACCCGGAUGACAGGGUAACCCUACCUGUGAAAUUUGCUUGUAAACCAGAGCUAACUUUAACCCGCUUGCUAGGGUAACCCUAGAACAAAGGUAACCCUCUCUCCUUGUAUUCAGGCCCUUACAUGGACACCUUUGCAGCGUGCAAAGAAAGUCAGUUUUACCGUAGCUAGCAUGUACCAGCCCGAAAGUGAUUUCAACCAGCCUGAAAAAGAUUUGAUGAGCAGGAUUGAUUACAUAUCUCUUGUAAUUUGAAUUCCCCAAAAAAAUCACUCGCCGAUCGAGCAAGUUAAGAACAGAAUUCACUGACUAGCCCCAGGUUAUCGGACACCACUAUGUGUCUGUCUUAAAGAGAUGUCCGUCAUGUAAAGGCAGGGACCAACUCAAGGCGUCCGUUUUAGCGAGAGGCCCAUCUUAUUGACUGAGGUGUUCGUUAAGAAAGAUUUGACUGUACUUCAGCUAUCUUGAUUAGGGCCUAUGCAGUCCAAGUUUUUGCGGCUGAUUUAGAUCUAGACCCAAUGGGCUUAAGUAGAUAUGUGAUAGGGCUGUUUGCGGGGCUAUAUUAUGAUCAAAUGGGUAUAUAUUAUAGUCAACUAUAAAGGGUGUAUCGUUCCAUUUCUUUUAGGUACUGGAAUCCCAUUUGGGGCAGGCUAUUCGAUUCUCUUCUCAACAUACCCAGCUGUGAACAACAACCCUCGUUACGGGACUUUAGAGAAGAGUUUGAAAAGCUUUAUCAGAUGGACGAAGCCAAUUACACAAGACAGAAGCAGCGACAUGAUAGGCUAAUGUUUUAGUUCCUAUAUUUCGUCAUUGGAUUGUUCGGUUACUUUGAUGUUUAAUUGACCUAUCAAAUUCUUGACUACAGUCUUGUAGCUUCACUAAGGCGGAAACUUUCGAAAUCGAUAAUCAAGCCCACGCGUAAUCAGUCGUCAAGGGACUUAGCUAUCUAUGGGUUCUUCUCAUGUUCAACAACCUUUCUGAAUCCACAAUAACCGCAUUUAUUUGAUGUGGUAUGCCU